AGAGCCGAGCUCGAUACAACAGCGGAGACAUCAUGAGCAGACACUCAGGCACUUUGGGCAAUGGGGACACUGCAGACAGCAGCCCAUCGGUAGAUUCAGAAGAUCAGCAAGAAAGGAUCCAGGCACGACGGCUGCGUAUUGAGGCCAGGCGAGACGCCAAGAGACGCGAAGCCCUGGGUGAGGAUCCUAACGCUCAAACCCAACAAAGAGAGGAACCAAGGAACAGCCACAAGCAGAUAGAGGACAGCAGGCAGAGGCUGACCAAACUGGUGAGUGACGGCUCACAGCUGGUGACAAAUAUCCAGGUAGCUGCUGAUGCCAGAGAGACCAAGAGGAGGGCAGAGGAGGAGGAGCUAAGGAGACAGCGGGUUGAAAAACUGAACAAUGAAGCCAAGACCAGCCUGGAGAAGUGUGAUGAGAUUUCCAAGAAAUGGGUGACCACAAAAGCUAAGGAGAUCCACCAGGAUUUGUGGGAUCUGCUGAAUACGCAGCAGCAGCAGUGCGCUCAGCUUAUUGGUGACAAGAACAAACUGAUAAGUGAACUACAACAGGAUCUGAAAAGAAAAGAUGAUCAAUAUGUUAAAGAUCUGAAGAAACAGGCGGAAGACAUUGACCUUCUGAUUGAAAGGAUGGAGGAGCAGAUCCGGAACCUAAUCAAGACUUACCGUGAAGAGCUGCUCCAGACUGAGAAAUCCUUCGAGUUGGAGCGUCGAGAGCUUCUAAAUACAAACAGUAAAAACUGGGAGCAAGGAAUGCAGGAGCGCAGAGACAAGGAGCUAGAGAACCUGAUGAACCGGAUGAAGAAGGUGGAGGAAUAUGAACAGCAACUGAAUCACCUGCGGGUGCAGGAUGGAGAGGAAUACAAUUCACUAAAGAUAAAACUGGAGACUGAAGUGCAGACCCUUCAGCAGCAGCUGCAGCAGAUGAAAGCGCGGUACCAGCUGAACCAGGAGACGCUGGAGUACAAUUUCCAGGUGCUAAAGAAGCGAGACGAGGAGAACGCCAUCCUCAAAGCCCAGCAGAAGAGGAAGAUCACUCGAUUACAAGAUGUCUUGAAUAAUUUAAAGCUAAAGUUGGAAAAACAAAUUAAGCAAAGUAAAGAUGAAAACCAGUCAUUGGCAGAUGACUUUCGGAGAAUUGUAGAUCAGUACAAGGAGGUGCAAAAGAAAAUGAGGCAUUUUUCAGCAAUCGACUCAAAGAAGUUCCAUGAUAUAUGGCUGAUGAAUGAAGAGGAAAUGAAAGAGCUGGUGCACCGCGUUCUCGAGGCAGAUCGUGUUAUACAAGAGCAGCAGCUUGGGUUGCCAUGGAAGGAUCCUGAGCUUUGGUUUAUGGACAAUGUUGGGCCCAUUGUUCCUCAACACAAGAAGAAAAAGACUGCCAGCAUGCUAGCUCAGGAGAUGCUGACAUCAGCAGGUGAGCACAGAAGCCUGACAUCGCCGUCUCAUCCUUUCUCAGCUCACGCUGUAAAACAAAUUUUGGAGCUCCUGUGCGAUGAAUCUGGGUUCCUGAUAGAGAGCAAACUGGUAAAGCUGCUGUCUCCCUUAGAGAAAGAUGAACGGUCGCUGAUGAAACUAGACUCUAUCUUUACGGCUCUCGGGAUUGAGGACGAGGAUGAUGUGUAUAAGCUUGUUGGCUUUUUCUGCAAAUACAAGCAAGGUCUAACAGAUCAGGAUGAAGAAACGAAUGCACACGAUCACACCAGUGAUGGCAGUACUGAAAAUAACUGUCCUCCAGCAACUCCUACAAGUGACCUUAUCCACCCCAAUGACGUUCUGCACGCUCUCAAAGCUUUCGCAAUGGACUUCCGCAGACAAAGGGAGAAGCUUGCUCACUCAAAACUGUCUGCACUGGAGGAGCGUGACAGCAGCGAAGAUUCUGCGUACUGGGCGGCCUUUGCACACGUUAUUCCCGAGUCCCGUCUGAAGGUGUGGGAUGCCCUGGAAUCUGCCUUGGCAAAGUACCAUGAUGUCCUCACCAACCGAUCCCAGCUGAUCGCAGAGACCGGAAGCCUGAGACAGCAAAACACAGAGCUGCGCAUGCUGCUGCAACAGUACCUCAACUCCCGGAUAAACACAGAACUGGAAAUUCCACCCACUAGAAUUCUUCAAGUGGACUUCUCUUAAGCCGAUAACUUCCGUCU